UGAAUCAUCCAUGACCGUCAUAGAAAUUAGAAAAUACUGUAGUUAAGUGUUAUAUUUUCAAUUUUUUAGUUAAUUGUUGAUGUUCUAACAUGUCGCGACCCGGAGAUAGACCAAAUCAAGCCCAAACGUACAAGCUCGUUGUCGUCGGUGGCGGAGGUGUCGGAAAGAGUGCCAUUACAAUUCAAUUCAUACAGAGCUACUUUGUAACAGAUUAUGACCCCACCAUUGAAGACAGUUAUACUAAGCAAUGCGUCAUCGACGAUAUUCCGGCUAAGUUGGACAUUCUAGACACAGCCGGUCAAGAGGAAUUCAGUGCCAUGAGAGAGCAAUACAUGCGGUCUGGUGAAGGAUUCCUCCUGGUAUUCUCAGUGGCCGACCACGCUAGCUUCGAUGAACUCUUCAAGUUCCAUAAGCAGAUACUCCGUGUGAAGGACCGUGAUGAGUUCCCCAUGCUGAUGGUGGGGAAUAAAGCUGACUUGGAACACCAGAGAGUAGUCACAUUAGAUGAAGCGCAGGCGCUUUCCAGACAGUUGAAGGUACCGUAUAUCGAAUGUAGCGCCAAAGCGCGAAUGAACGUCGAUCAGGCUUUCCACGAACUUGUAAGGUUAGUACGUCGCUUCCAAGAAGCGGAGAGGAUCCACAUCAAGUCGGAACAGAAGAUCAGAAAGAAGAAAUGCACCAUCUUGUAACACUUUUGGUGUAUAGUGAGCUUUAUAGAAAAAGUGAAACGUCAAAUUCGAAUGACAGUUAACUUUUGAUAGUUGUACAUUGUGUAUCUGUCAUUCG